AUGUGGUUCUCUCCAAGGAGAAGUCUUCUCCCCUCGCAGAACUGGAACGGUGCCCACAGUUGCACCCAUUUCAGCGUGUCCUUGUGGGUCUUAAGUUUUUGUUGGUGCUUUGCGGCCGUGAGAGGACAGAACUACCACCCCACUGUGAACACGCAGUAUGGGAAACUACGAGGGGUGAGGGUGCCGCUGCCUAGUGAGAUUCUAGGGCCCGUGGACCAGUACCUAGGGGUUCCGUACGCCGCUUCCCCAGUGGGAGAAAAACGCUUCAUGCCCCCUGAGCCGCCUUCUUCCUGGUCCGGGAUCAAGAACGCCACCCACUUUGCUCCUGUCUGCCCCCAAAAUAUUCACAAUGCUGUGCCAGAGAUCAUGAUGCCGAUAUGGUUCACCUUCAACCUGGAUAUAGUCACCACAUACAUACAGGAUCAACACGAGGAUUGUCUUUAUUUAAACAUCUAUGUUCCAACCGAGGAUGUCAAAAGAAUAUCCAAGGAAUGUGCCAGGAAACCCAACAAGAAAAUGUGUAGAAAAGGAGGGGCCCAUGCAAAAAAACAGGGCGAGGAUUUAUCGGAUAACGACGGUGAUGAAGACGAAGACAUACGAGACACCGGUGCCAAGCCCGUGAUGGUCUACAUCCACGGAGGAUCCUACAUGGAGGGGACGGGCAACAUGAUCGAUGGGAGUGUCCUGGCCAGCUACGGAAACGUCAUUGUUAUCACUCUCAACUACCGCGUCGGAGUCCUCGGCUUCCUCAGUACCGGGGACCAGGCUGCUAAAGGGAACUAUGGGCUCCUCGACCAGAUCCAGGCUUUGAGGUGGAUCAGCGAGAACAUCGGCUUCUUCGGCGGCGACUCCAACCGCAUCACUGUGUUCGGUUCUGGGAUCGGAGCCUCCUGCGUCAGCCUGCUCACCCUCUCCCACCACUCUGAAGGUCUGUUCCACAGGGCCAUCAUUCAGAGUGGGUCAGCCCUCUCCAGCUGGGCGGUGAACUAUCAGCCGGUCAAGUAUUCGCGUCUCCUGUCGGAGAAGGUGGGCUGUAACGUCCUGGAUACCUUGGACAUGGUGGACUGUCUGAGGAAGAAGAGCUCCAGGGAGCUGGUGGAGCAGGAUAUACAGCCAGCGAGGUACCACGUGGCCUUUGGACCGGUAAUCGACGGUGAUGUUAUCCCGGAUGACCCCGAGAUCCUGAUGGAGCAGGGCGAGUUCCUCAACUACGACAUCAUGCUGGGGGUGAACCAGGGCGAAGGGCUGCGCUUCGUGGAGAACGUGGUGGACUCGGAGGACGGCGUGUCCGGGAAUGACUUUGAUUUCUCCAUCUCAGACUUUGUGGACAGUCUGUACGGGUACCCGGAGGGCAAGGACACCCUGAGGGAGACCAUUAAGUUCAUGUACACGGACUGGGCCGACAGGGACAAUCCAGAGACCAGGCGCAAGACGCUGGUGGCUCUCUUCACCGAUCACCAGUGGGUGGAGCCGUCGGUGGUGACGGCUGAUCUCCACGCUCGCUACGGCUCUCCCACCUACUUCUACGCCUUCUACCACCACUGCCAGAGCCUGAUGAAGCCGGCCUGGUCGGACGCCGCCCACGGGGACGAAGUGCCCUAUGUCUUUGGAAUUCCUAUGAUUGGUCCCACUGACCUUUUCCCCUGUAACUUUUCAAAGAACGAUGUCAUGCUCAGUGCUGUGGUGAUGACCUACUGGACCAACUUUGCCAAGACUGGGGAUCCCAACAAACCGGUUCCCCAGGACACCAAGUUCAUCCACACCAAGGCCAACCGCUUCGAGGAGGUGGCCUGGUCCAAGUACAACCCCCAGGACCAGCUCUACCUGCAUAUCGGCCUGAAGCCACGUGUGCGCGACCACUACCGCGCCACCAAAGUGGCCUUCUGGAAACACCUAGUGCCCCAUCUGUACAACCUCCACGACAUGUUCCACUACACCUCCACCACCACCAAAGUGCCCCCGCCGGAGACCACGCAGAACAACCUGUCCACCAAGAGACCCAACGGGAAGACCUCCUGGCCGUUCAACACCAAGCGGCCUCCCAUGUCCCCGGCCUACAACAGUGAGGACAAAGACACUUGGAACGACGAUGAGGAGGCGGGGCCUCUGGUGGUGGAGAAUCCUCGGGAUUAUUCCACGGAGCUCAGCGUCACCAUCGCCGUCGGAGCCUCGCUGCUGUUCCUCAACGUGCUGGCCUUCGCCGCCCUCUACUACCGCAAGGACAAGCGGCGGCAGGACUCCGGCCACGGGCAGCCCAGCCCACAGCGCCAGACCACCUCCAACGACAUUGGCCACCACGCGCCCGAGGAAGAGAUCAUGUCGCUGCAGAUGAACCAGACGCACCACGAGUGCGAGGCGGGGAACAGCAACGAGGGGGCCCUCCGCUUGGCCUCGCUGCCCGACUACACGCUCACUCUGCGACGCUCUCCAGACGACAUCCCCCUCAUGACCCCCAACACGAUCACCAUGAUCCCCAAUUCCCUGGUGGGCAUGCCCAACCUGCACCCGUACAACACCUUCACAACCGGCUUCAACUCCACCGGCCUGCCGCACUCCCACUCCACCACCCGUGUAUAG